AAUAUGUUGUUUAUUGUAGAUUGUCCACAAGUUCAAUGUAUAAAGAAAUAUGUUGGUAGAGAAUCUGAUGAAUUAUCAUUAGAAGUGUCUGACGUUAUUAAUGUUCUUAAAAAAUCCAAAGAUGGAAUGUUUGAAGGGGAACGAAUCCAUGAUGGUGAACGUGGCUGGUUUCCUGUUGAUCAUACAGAAGAAAUUUUAAAUUCUCACGUUAGAGCUCGUAAUCUUAAGAUGCGUUACAGACUGUUAAUUAAAGCUUCUGAAGAAUACAAGAGAGACAGUAGGGCCUAGCCACUGGAAUGAAGUUUGAAGAAAAACAAAGAGUAUUGAAGAUGUUGUGUUUGCUGGAUCAAACAAGACCUUAUAAUGUUUCCUUAAAACUCUGUUUAGAAAUUAAGGAGUUAGAUUGAUCCAUUAUACAUUGCAGGGACAGUAUAUAUAUAUAACCUUAUAACUUACACCAUUUUAUUAUAUUUUUGCUUAAUUAAUUGUGGCAUAUAAUAUUCAUAUAUAGAAAAAUCUACUAAAUUCACAUCACAUUUCAGAAAUUUUCAAUAUCUGAACAUAUUUAAUAUGUUUUUCAGAAAUUUUGAUAUAUCAAGUUUUAUCAUUGCUUUAUGAACCUAUUCAUUAUGCUUCAAUGACAUGUGAUGUAAUUGAUCUAUAUGCUUAAUUGAUUCAUGCUUAAAUUAUGGUGCUUUAAAUGUUAAUACCACACAAUAAUCAUGCUUUAUUUAUACUUAUCAUUUUAUGUACAUUGAACAUGAAUAUGUAUCCAUUUUAGUUUCACUAUAAGUGUACUUAUGAAUUCUGUAUAUUGCUUAAACAUAGUCAUUUUUGUUAUUGGUGAAUUUUAGAAUUGGAAUUCAUGAUCACUGCCUGUUAAUCUCAUUGAUAUUUUUAUUAAUUCAUGCUAUGAAGGUAAUAAAAAUAGUUUAGCAAAGUCAAUGUUGAAAUUUCAUUCAUAGUGUUGAUGCUCAAUAUGUUUUCUGCAAAAGAAUAUUAAACUUAGAUUAGAUGAUGAUGAUAAAACAUUUGUAAUUUUCAAAACCUAAAAUAAUGAAAAAAUAAUUGUAAUUAAGCAAUAUGGCAAAUAAUAAGUUAAUUUCAUACUUUUUUUUAUAAGAAUUUACACACUUUGAUCUCUGGCUCAUAUUAAAAAUUUGACAUGUUGUAGAUCUAUGGAAGUCAAUGACAAUAUAUUUAGAUAAUAUGUAUUUGAGAAUUUAAAUGUUCAAUAGAUCUGAUAGUGCAAUAGACUGUUCAAUACAAACAGUUGAUCUUUUGGGUUUUCUUAUAU